AUAGAUUCAAACGAAACGAGCGGGGGGAGACUCCGAUUGGACUAGCUGGAGCAUGGAAAAUGGCUCGAUCCAAGCGAAAUCAGCAUCCCCUACUCGGAAAAGGGUCGGCGAAGAAGAAGAAGAAGAAGAAACAGAGGCGAAGGAAAGAGAUGGGUGGGGUGCCCUUCGAUCUGGCAUGCGAUCCUUUUCCGGAAGCGCUUCCUCCUCUUUCUCUUCCCCGUCGCCAGAAGUUUCAAAGAUUCGAACGAAACGAGCGGGGAAAGUCUCCGAUUGGACUAGUUGGAGCAUGGAAAAUGGCUCGAUCCAAGCGAAAUCAGCAUCCCCUCAGGAACAAGAUAAUAAACAAACAAAACUAGGGUUAUCAGCUCCGCCGUCGCCUUUCUCAAUUUCUACCGCGCACAAUUAUGCGUGCGUCGCCAUUCGCAGUCCAAGUAAAGUAGUUAUCAGCUCACGUGGCUUAUUUCGAACCUUUUAUUAAAUUUUGCUGUUUAAUUUGAUUUCUUUCUCUCUCUUUUUUCUCCGUUGUUCGGUCGGCGAGGAGAUUCGACGUGCCGCCCUCGAUGUUUCUCCAAAAGGCAUGGAGGACGGCGUCUUUCGGGCUGUACGGAUUCACGCAGUUCACGAAAUCUGGCUUCCAGGAGCAUUCCAAAAGAUUCAAAGAAGAAGACAUACAAGUUCGGAUGGAGGGAAAAAAUUGCAUGGUUACAGGUGCUAAUUCUGGUAUUGGUUAUGCAAUCACUGAAGGUCUAGCUUCAAGAGGUGCAAAUGUCUUUAUGGUUUGUCGUAGUAAAGAAAGGGGAGAGGUUGCCUUGUCAAAAAUUCAGUCAACCACUGGUAACCCAAACAUCCAUCUAGAGAUAUGUGAUCUUUCAUCCAUUAAUGAAGUCAAAUCAUUUGUAUCUAGGUUCUCUACAAAUCAAAAGUCUCUUCAUGUCCUUGUUAACAAUGCCGGCUUACUAGAGCACAAUCGAGUGAAUACACAAGAUGGAUUGGAAUUGAACUUUGCUGUUAAUGUAGCAGCAACUUACACAUUAACAGAGUUGGCGAUCCCAUUGUUGGAAAAAACAGCUCCUGAUGCUCGAGUCAUAACAGUUUCAUCCGGUGGGAUGUACACAACACCUUUGACGACAGAUUUGCAGUUCACUGAAACCAAGUUCGAUGGAACACAGCAGUAUGCUAGAAACAAGAGAGUUCAGGUAGCAUUGACUGAAAAAUGGGCUGAAACUUGUAGUGACAAAGGCAUUGAUUUCUACACAAUGCAUCCUGGAUGGGCUGAUACGCCUGGUGUAGCUAAAAGCUUGCCUGGAUUGUCAAAAAGGCUUUCGGGAAACUUGCGCACAAACGAAGAGGGAGCAGAUACUGUUAUCUGGCUGGCUUUGCAACCUAAAGAGAAACUAAAAUCAGGUGCCUUUUAUUUUGACCGAAUGGAAGCUCCCAAGCAUCUGCGAUUUGCUGGCACAGCUAGUUCUCAUGUUGCCAUCGAUGCCAUUGUUAGGGACCUCCGUUCGUUGUGUGAUCUACAUUGAUACUUUUGAAUCUACAUGAUUGUUCCAAGUGUUUUGCUUCAAUUGAAUCCAUCAAUUAUAUACUUGUGGUUGAACCAUAAAUAGUGGUUAAAGCAUCCUUUUGUUCCAAGGGUUAAUUGAGAAUGUGCUAGAUUUGUAUAGGCAACUUGUACUAGUAUGGGACUUGUUCUUUGUAAUACUUCAAAAUGGCAUGUCAUUUCUUGUAAAA